AUGCUCUGGUUCGCCGGGGCCCGUGCGGCUGGUCGGGACUCGGCUGCGCUCGGUGCAAAGAGAAUCAAUGAAAACCACAGCGAAGUGCCCCGCGCGCGCCGGCCGCCGCGGCGACGCCGGAGCCCCGCGCAGUCGCGGGAGCCGGCCCGCGCCUCUCAGACCUUGAACUCUGACUUAGUUCUUCUCCAGCCCCCCUGUCCUCCCAGCCCGCACACCGCCGCGCGGCUCAGUGACAGGGCCACCGUCCCGAGGUUCUGCCUUUCACCCCUGGCCGAAUCAGAACCUGAGCAGAGUUACCCUUGGAGAGAGUUCGCUUACUGCUCUGGCUUUCAGAAACCGAACUUGGCGAACGUGGCUGUGCUGGGCCUGGAGGCCGAGGCCCGUCACUGGGUUUGA